AUGAUUCAUGAAGUAUAUAACAGUCGGGCUUAUUUUGACAGUGCAGCUCAUCGUCACCAAACGGUCAAGCAAUUAAUAAAAAAGGCAAACCUCACGUUAAUUGGAGUUCAUAUUCGUCGUGGAGAUUUUCUCGGGAAAGUACAUUUAGGCUUCGCAGUGUCAACAAUGUCGUAUAUAUUGCGAGGUUUACUUUACUUCUCACAAAAAUAUCCAGAUUCUAUAUUUAUAAUUGUUAGUGAUGACAAACCGUGGUGCCGAACUAACAUUGGAAGCCAUCUCAAUACGGUUGUGCUACCCGAAACUUUAUCAGCCUCUGAGGAUAUGGCUAUGCUCACCCUCUGUCGAGAUUCACUCAUUACGACAGGUACUUUUGGUUGGUGGGCAGCUACUUUGGCCGGUGGCGUUGUUUUAUGUGACAAAUCCUAUCCAAAAAAUGGCACCUGGCUGUCAAAUUUGUGCCCCAGUGAUCAGUAUCUUCCACCGUGGUUCGUUGGUAUUUGA